AACUCAAAACAAUUUCCCCCAAAAUCAAAAUCCUUCCUCAAAAACCCAGCCUCCGUCGAGGUGUAUAUAUACAGAGAGAGAGAGGGAGAGACGGGAAUUGAAGAUGGCAGGGUUGCAGAGAUCAGCAGUAUCAUUCAGGAGACAAGGAUCCUCGGGAUUCGUAUGGGACGACAAAUUCCUCUCUGGAGAGCUGAACAAGCUAGCCGACCAACAAAAGGAAGAAUACAAAAACAAGAGAUCUCAAAACCUCAAGUCGGGCGACAAAUCAGCCACUGCAUCCGCCGCCGAGAAUUCCUCUGUAAGCGGAGGAAUCGCAAUCGAGAGGAGCCGAUCCAGCGGCAGACGCGCCGACCGCGCGGGGAGAGCUCCGCCGCCGCUCGAGCCGCCGUCCCCUAGGGUUUCCGCCUGCGGACUCUGCGGCGCCUUCGGCAAGACGCGCCGCCGGCCGCCCAAGGUUGCCAAGCGCGUGAUGUGAUUCCGGUGCGGCGGCCGUUAAUUUUGCAAACCUAUAAUCAAGAUUUCUUUCCUUUUUCUUUUUAUUUGUUUUAUGUAAAAUAUGUUGUUAUCUUUCGGCAUUUACUCGUCUUAUAAAAAAAAUCAAUGUUCAAAUAAAUUUAUUUUUCGUAUAA